UUAACCGAUUUUCUAUAAUGUUAAGAGGACGCGUGUGUUAUACUGUGAUGCUUGAGCUCAAACUGCUCAAGCUGCAAACUAUUGAUCGAACCAUAAAAAAUUAAACAAAUUAUUUUUAAAAAAUAAACAAUCAUGGCUAAAUAUUCUUCUGAUUCCGACUCGGAUCGAAGUAACAACAAAUAUCGUAAAAAAUAUACUAGAAGAUCGAGCUCUAUAGAGUCAAGUGACAGUUCUGCGUCACGACAGAGGCGUUCAAAAUAUUCAAAAUCAAGAAGAAGGUAUCGCUCACGUUCAAAAAGUAGAGACAGAGAGAGAUCUUCAAAAAAUUACAAACGUUCAAAAGACAGUUCAAGGGAUAGACGAAAGGGUCGAUCACACAGGUCAAAGUCUUCAUCUACAGAACAUAGAUCAAAAAGAAGGUCAGCAUCUAGAGAAAAAUCAACCAGCAGAUCAAGCAGUUCGCUGUCAAAUGUUAAAGCAUCCAAUCUUGAUAAAGCUAGCACUAGCUUAAGAGAUGAUUUUCUAACAGGUUCCAGUAGGAUCAAAGCAUCGGUUUUAGAAGAUAUUAACAACGAUGAGUUUGUUCCGAAAGCAUUUGUUUCAUCAGCCAAAGACAAAGGGAGAGAUAAACAGUCAAAAAUGAAAAAUGUCGUGAUAGAUGUUAGUAGUGAUACAAUACAUGUUCCAAAAAUAGUUGAUUUUUCAGAAAUUUCAAACAGCAUCUUUCACACAUCUAUAAUAACCGACAAAGAAGCAAAGUUCGAUAGAUGGGUAAAAAAGUUAUAUAAUUUAAGGCAGAGAUCUAUAAAUGACAUUGUGUAACAGUACUACUUUAGACUAAUACUACUGUAGAAUGUAAAUGUUGUAAAAAAUGUAGAGACAAAUUUUUUCUAACUUGUAUUUAUUUCUUGUAUAAGAAUUUACAUUUUUAUUUGACCAUUUGAAUUUCAUGACACAUUAUAGAAUGCAAUAAAAGUUAAUUUUUAAAGUCUCUAAUUAGCAAAUAUAUAAUAAACCUACAACUUACCUAAAAUUGAUUUGUUGAGAUAUCUUUGCAUUGAAAAAUAUUCCAAUUAUCCCAUUGA